UUUACUGCCUUGGAUAACCUUAUGGAUCGCCUGUGGGAAAAUAAGCUGAUUCCAGGAUUUGAAUUGAUGGGGAAUCCAUCAGGAUAUUUUUUAGAUUUUGAAGACAAAGAACAUGUAGUACAAUGGAGAAACUUAAUUACUGUUCUGGCCAGGAGAUACAUAGAUAAGUAUGGAUUGGAGCAUGUUGCUAAAUGGAAUUUUGAGACAUGGAAUGAACCAGACCACCAUGACUUUGACAAUGUGUCUGUGACAGUAAAAGGGUUUCUCAACUAUUAUGAUGCUUGUUCAGAAGGAUUAAGAGCAGCCAGUCCUUUUCUAAAAUUUGGAGGGCCUGGGGAUUCCUUCCAUCCCUUACCCAGGUCACCCAUGUGCUGGAGUCUUCUGUGUCAUUGCUACAAUGGGACCAACUUCUUCACAGGGGAGACUGGUGUAAGACUGGAUUACAUCUCUCUCCAUAAGAAGGGAGGUGGGAAUUCUCUCUACAUCUUGCAACAAGAAGUAGAAGCAGUUCAACAAAUUCAGAAGCUGUUUCCAAGUUUUUCUUCUGUUGCCGUAUAUAAUGAUGAAGCAGAUCCAAUGGUUGGAUGGUCCAUUCCGCAGCUCUGGCGAGCUGAUGUGACCUAUGCAGCUAUGGUUGUAAAGGUAAUCAUCCAACACCAAAACCUCCUCAUUUCCAAAGCAAACAAUACCGUCAACUACUCUCUGCUGAGCAAUGACAAUGCCUUCUUGAGCUACUACCCCCAUUACUUCACCCAGCGGACUCUGACAGCACGUUUUCAGAUGAACAAUACAAAGCCACCUCAUGUCCAGAUGGUGCGGAAACCAGUGCUGACUGCCAUGGGCUUGCUGGCACUGCUAGGGGAAAAGCAGAUUUUUGCAGAGGUCAAAAUCAGUGGAGAUGAAAGCAGUCAAAACAGCACAGUUGGUGUGCUAGCAGCUGUGCACACCCCAAGUGAAACACAGCCCUCAGACAGCUGGCAAGCUACAGUACUGAUGUAUUCAAGUGAAGAUAACAGGACUUCAUCCAACGUCAGCACUGUCACAGUGAAUGCCACUCACUUCCCCAAACUUAGAGAGCUGGUGUAUGUCACAUAUUACAUGGAUAACAACCAAACCAAUCCCUAUCUGAAGUGGAAAAACCUAGGAAGCCCUGACUUUCCUUCUCCAGAACAGUUUCAGCAAAUAAGGGAUGCUGAGGACCCACUGGUAACAGGCCCAUUCCCAUUUCCUGAAGCUGGCAUCCUGACACUGAAGCAAGACUUUCCCAUUCCCGCAGUCUUUCUUAUCCACAUCUGUGCAAGACCCAGAUCAGCUCCUGAUCAAGUGACUGGUGUUCGUUUGAUCCCUCUCACAAAGGGGCAGGUCAUUGUGCUGUGGGAUGACGACUGUGUAAAGUCAAAGUGUAUAAAGACAUUUGAAGUGGAAUUCUCAUCGGAUGGAAAAGCAUACCAGCGUAUUAAUGCCAAAGACACUAUAUUCACUCUCUGGGUCUACAGUCCAGAUAGAAGCUCAGUCUCCGGCUUUUACAGAGUGCGUGCCAUUGACUACUGGGGCAAGGCAGGCCUGUCCUCUCUUCCUGUGGGGUACGUUGAAGCUUUCAAGUGACACUGAAGAGUGGUGCCUUGCUUGGUGUCAGAGUGGUGUAUGUUCUUUGCAAAUGACAACUCCCCAAAAAAAGAAACUCCUCCCAGGUUCAGGAGGGCUUAUGGAAAUGACCUGAUGAA